ACUUGCAAAUUCCUCAGCCCUGAAAGACACAGGAUUCCCACUGCCCCGUCGUCCGUGCAGAGCACAGACUGCACAGCAAGCCUACAGCCUUGUCAGUCCUUCAGGCAGAUGCUAUUAUUAAUAAUAAUAAUCAGAGAACCGAAUGGUCACCAAUCAACAAGCUGACGGGCAGAGAGAAAUCUACCCCCCCCCCCCUCCCCUCACUCUACCACCUCUCGCUCUCUAUCUCUCUCGGCUGCGGGUCGCUGCUUCCAAGUGCCAAAUAAAGGAGUGAUGCUACGACCAGAUGCCUGAACUAGACAGAAGAAGAAGUCAGCCUUGCUAUCUCAACAUUCCGAAAGCAACCGCAGCGCUGAACAGCAGCGCCUUACUUUAGCGGUACUCUAGCCAGCCACAUCAACCUACCUGAUGGACAAUGCGCGUUAGAGAAAUUGUCUGAAACUAAGCAUUUGAAAAUUGAUUGAAGAUCUUGCAGUUUAGCAAUGGAGCAAAAAGGUUAGUUGGAGAGACACCGCUUGGUGACAGAUACCUGGAGCCCAGCCAACCCACCCAGUUAGAUUCUGCAGUCUUCAACGCAGGGAGAAGAAUGGCGACACCGAGCUGCUGCUGGCUGCUAAUGUUGCUCUGGGUCUGUCUUCUCGAGCCCAGCCAGCCAAGUCCUCUGUCGGAAAGGACUACUGAAGUGAUGCAGGAUGGCAUACCAGAGGAAUCAUCGGGUAGCAAGCUCACCGUGCUGCACCGCUCUAAACGAGGCUGGAUGUGGAAUCAGUUCUUUUUACUGGAGGAAUAUACUGGGUCAGAGCCACAAUACGUAGGCAAGCUACACUCUGACGUAGACAAGGGAGAUGGAACACUGAAAUAUAUUUUGUCCGGAGAUGGUGCUGGUACAGUUUUCAGUAUUGAUGAAAACACUGGGGAUAUUCACGCCUUAAAGAAAAUGGACCGGGAGGAAAAGUCUUUUUAUACAUUACGAGCCCAAGCCAUUGAAAGGCGGACUGGCAGACCUGUGGAACCGGAAUCCGAGUUUAUCAUUAAAAUCCAUGAUAUCAAUGAUAAUGAACCAAAGUUUUCAAAGGAAACGUACAUGGCUACUAUUCCAGAAAUGUCUGAUGUUGGUACAUCUGUAAUUCAAGUCAUAGCUACGGAUGCUGAUGACCCCACUUACGGAUACAGUGCCAGGGUGGUCUACAGUAUUUUACAAGGCCAGCCCUAUUUUUCCGUUGAGUCAGACACAGGUAUUAUUCGAACAGCUUUACCAAACAUGGACAGAGAAGCAAAGGAACAAUAUCAAGUGAUCAUCCAGGCAAAGGAUAUGGGAGGCCAGAUGGGGGGAUUAUCAGGGACAACAUCUGUGAACAUCACACUCACUGAUGUCAAUGACAAUCCUCCAAGAUUUCCACAAAGUGUAUACCAAAUGAGUGUUCAAGAGUCUUUCCAAGAAGGUGCGGCUGUUGGUAGAAUCAAAGCAUUUGAUGCAGAUAUUGGGGAGAAUGCAGAGGUUAAUUAUCGCAUCAUUGAUGGUGACGGGAUGAACAUGUUUGACAUCAUCACAGAUGAGGCUUCGCAAGAAGGCAUCAUUCUCGUGCGAAAGAUGUUGGACUAUGAGAGCAAGAAAAGCUACACCUUGAAAGUAGAAGCACAGAACAGUCACCUUGAUGCUCGAUUUCUCUACCUGGGUCCAUACAAAGACACGGCCACAGUUAGAAUUACAGUUGAGGAUGUGAAUGAGCCACCAGUGUUCAGCAGACCCUUUUACAUGCUGGAGGUGUAUGAAGACGUUGAUGUGGGGACUAUCAUUGGCACAGUUACUGCCCAGGAUCCUGACGCAUCUCGUAACCUCAUCAGUUAUUCAAUCGAUCGCCACACUGAUUUGGACAGGUACUUCAACAUAUACUCUAUGAACGGAUCAAUUGUUACAUUAAAACCACUUGACCGGGAGGAAACAUCAUGGCAUAACAUUACAAUAAUAGCAACUGAGACAAUUACAGAAGAAUCUAAACAAAGUAGCCGUGUACCAGUUCAAAUCAAGGUUUUGGACGUCAAUGACAAUGCACCAGAAUUUCCAAAGGUUUAUGAGACGUUUGUAUGUGAAAAUGCAAAGGCUGGCCAGCUGAUCCAAACUAUCAGCGCUGUGGAUCAAGACUCCCCACCAAGUGGGUCCAGGUUCUUCUUCAGCUUGACUCCAGAAGCUGCUAAUAACCCUAACUUCACAGUCCAGGAUAAUGAAGAUAACACAGCAGGGAUUCUCACCAGGAGAGGAGGAUUUAGCCGUCAAGAAAUGAACACCUACCUUCUGCCAGUUUUCAUUUCUGACAAGGAACAUCCUAUUCAGAGCAGCACCAAUACCCUUCUGAUUCGAGUGUGUGCCUGUGAUAGUGAUGGCACCAUGCAGUCCUGCAAUACUGAAGCUAUAAUCCUUCCUCCUGGGCUCAGCACUGGAGCCCUCAUCGCCAUUCUGCUGUGCAUCAUUAUUCUGCUCGUUAUUGUGGUGCUCUUUGCUGCCAUGCGAAAGCAGAGGAAAAAGGAACCUCUUAUCAUUUCCAAAGAGGACAUCCGAGACAACAUCGUCAGCUACAACGAUGAGGGUGGUGGCGAGGAAGACACCCAAGCCUUCGACAUCAGCACACUGCGGAAUCCUGAGGUUAUCGAAGAUACACAGUUACGGAGGGAUAUCAAACCCGAGAACUUCCUUCUACCUCGGCCAAACCCCCCAAUACCAGACAACACCGAUGUCAGAGAUUUCAUCAAUCAGAGGCUAAAGGAGAAUGAUACAGAUCCCAGUGCCCCUCCUUAUGAUUCUCUAGCAACAUACGCCUAUGAAGGAAAUGGUUCCAUAGCAGAAUCGCUCAGCUCCUUGGAAUCAGUUACCACAGAGACAGAUCAAGAUUAUGAUUACUUGAGUGACUGGGGACCUAGGUUCAAAAAACUGUCAGACAUGUAUGGCGGAGAUGACAGUGACAGGGACUCUUAGCGACAAAAAUCAUUCCCUUCAGUUCAGCUUUCGACAGAACAGAGUAUUGCUGUGUAAACAUGCGGGCCAGUACUUUCUCCAAAAUCUAUCUCACUAAAACAUUUAUUGUGUACUGUUGAACUUUUAUUCCAUAUAUUCAUGGCUUCAGAAUGGUUCCAGUGUGAAAAGUGUGUAACUUUUGCUUCAUUUAAUGAGCAUUCCCAAGAAGGCAACUCUAUGAGAAUUUAUACUUUAACUCUAUGCCUACACGACCCACUGUUGCACUAGUGGAGACACAUGUUAUAUUGAUCAUUUUGUUUCUAAAAUAGAAAUAAUUCACAGGUAUUAUUGUCUACACAGAAGAAUAGAAAAUGUAAUAAAAUAGGGAUGUGCGCAGAACAAGAUCUUAACAGCCAGGGGUAGAUUUGGAUGGUUUGGAGGAUUCAGGUUGGAGGCAGGCAUUAGACAUGAUCAUUGAUUCUUGUUUUCUGGGUUCAAAACUGACUUUUGCCUCUCAUCUCUGGUCCCAAAUUACAUGGAAACCAUUCAUAGGAGUAGCAGGCAAGCAAAAAAUAUCAACUCGAUUGGGAAACCCAAUAAAAUGUGCAACAAACCAACAAGCACUUUCCUAAGAAAUGAAAGAUUAUGUGUGUACCACUGAACAAGACUUGGUCUAAUAAAAGGCCCGGGAUCUAUCCCAGGUUCACAGUCUUAGACCUGCAAACCUGCUGGCCAGCACAUCCCUUUGGUGAAUUUAGUGAAUUAGAUGUUUGAGCUGAACGUGUGGUCAAGUCAACUGUUUUCUUUCACAAUGUACUGUACUGUAAUUUAGAUUCAAUAUACACUGAUGUAUACAUAUUGUAUGCAGAGCUGUAUUAUGUAGUGUGGAUGUAAAUCACUACAGGUGCAUCUUAAAACUAAGUUAAUUGGCUGGAUGUAGUUGACAGUUUGAAGUGCAGCAGAUCUGAGCUGCAAAUUUAACCUAACGACAUAAGGUUCCCAUUUAGUUUACUACCUAAAACGUUCACCUCCUGUUGCAAAACUAAGAAUCGGGUCAGAAUUGCAGAUUCCCAAGGAAGCACCAAUGAUUCAACUUGAGCACGCUUACCUGUGGACUGGAGGAGACAUCUUUCAUUGAAUGCUCCACUCCUAACGGCCAAUGUAAAGUUAGUCUGAACGGGCCCUUUCGUUGGACUUGUCACCAUAAAUCGUCACAGCGGCAUCUUCUCAAAGGCCAGCAAAAUUAUCCAAUAAAUUCACUCCAUCUUCGUUACUGCAAAACCUAAGCAGCACUCUGGUGUUUACAAAGCAUCAUUAAAUGGAGUUCUGUCAAAAGGGGAUUCAAUAAAUAUAAUUUAAAUUCUUUAAAACCAUUUAUCCUGUUUGCAACAUCCAUCAGAUAAGUGGAUGAUGAUGUAAAUCUCAUCUUUGAUACAAGGGGAACAGAAGCCCAAGUGACCCUUUGCUGAAAUUUAGAUUUUUUUUUGCAAUUUGAGAUUGUGGUGAUGGACAGACCACAGAAGACAUUUCAGACCACUUGCUGUUUCAGAAGGAACCACUCACAGUUCGGAAAUUUGCCAAGCCUUUGCCAAGCUUACAGCUUUGCAUUGGCCCUGCCUUUGUAUUGUGUAAGAUUGACAUUUGAUUGAGGGAUAGAAAGAGGGAAGAACUGCGGUUACCUUUAAGGGCAAGUCCACAGGAGCUCUGACUCCCAAACUAACCAAACCUUUAAGGAUGCAAUAUAAAUUUAUAAAAUCUCUUUUUCACUUUGAAUUAGCCUGGUGCCUAAAUUGGGAAAUGUUGAUCAAGGAACCAAACCAACAUCUCCUGGCUGAUUUGCACCUAACAAAACUGAAAUGUCACCAGGUUUUCAUUAAGAUGCAUAAGUGCUCACAUUCUGUGAGCGUGUUCUGGAGGUUUUCCUUGCCAGUGCAAAUGAUAAGAUGGUUCAGUUGGAACCACUUGGAAAUGUAACUGGCGAUUUUCUGAAGUGAACAUUCAAAAAAUUAAUUUAUUAUUCUGCAUUCGAAACAUAAUAGAAUUUCAGGGGAUUACUGCAGAAAAAAAUAAUGAUUUUUUUUCCCAUGGAGACAAAAUAUAACCGUGGAAAUUGAACUUGAUGAGAUUAUUAAUGGGAUGUGGAAAUGUUAGGCAUAUUUCAAAUGUCAUUUCAAUGUGGACCCAAAGAUCCAUUGUUUCUGUUCACAUUGUUUCAAUUUAAUGUUCCAGAUUUCUAGUAACUAGAAUUUAAAGGUACACACCUUGUUAAUGUACUGCACUUUUGUGAAAGGAUUCCUACGAUAUUAUGAUUUUACUUAAUCUAUGUAAAUCUGAAAGAUAAGGCUUCUCUUCUGCAAUAUCACUGCCAGCUUCUUUGACUCAGUCUUAGGUUGAACAUUUUGGGCUUUUGUGCAAGAUAAAACCGAUGGACAAGAAUCUAGAGUCUACUUUGACAGAAAUGAUACACAAAAAAAGCAGCUUCAAGAAAUCCCAUAAUUGAAAUCAGAGUUGAACAAUGGGUACCCAAUACUUGUGUCCAGUCUGAGAAUUAUAUCAGCUCUACUGAAGCCCAGAUCCUCAACCUCCAACCAAGAGAAGGAAACUCAAACACGACUCAGAGGCACUCAGCAGAAUCUCUAUCAGCAAGUUCCCAAGGCAAAAUAUUUCAUGUCUACCAAAGGAAAAUUACCCAGGGGACCGAGAGAUAUAAUUAGGGGUUAGCCAUUAAGAAACCAUCCUUACACAAGGUGGGGGAUUGUAGUGGAUGGAAUAAAAGAAACGGGGGAAAAAAAACCCUACCAACUGUCCAGUAGGCAUGCUGUUUACAUAUUUUAUGCUAAAAUAGUUCAUAAAUAUUCAAAUUGGAUUCAUUGACCAAUUACACUCUAGGAACAUUUUGAUCAACUAACUGAGGUAAUUGAGAUUACAUACAUUCUGGAUCCAUUUGUUCUAUUUCAAUCAUACAUAAAGAAACAUUUUUUAAGUUGAGUGUUACUUUAAAAUCCAUAACUGUACUCAUUGUCCAGUUUGGAUUAGCUUAGACAAUCUUAACAAAUAAUUAACAUUUUGGCUCAUGAAAUUUUGAGAGACUUUUUUUUUGUUUCACUUGGGCACUGAAUAUUUUAAAUCUAUUCAGUCAAAAACAGAAUAAUCCAAUAAGAGUAUUUUAAAUCUUCUGGCACUUGAAAAAAAAUCAAUUUCUUUCCAUCAAUUUAGCAUCCAUUAUGAAGAGAUUAUGCGAAGAGAAGUUGAUGUCCGGCUGUGGAAAUUAUUAGACCACAAGAACAUAAAAAAGGAGCAGAAUUAGGCUAUUUGACCAAUCGAGUCUGCUCCACUAUUUUAUCAUGGCUGAUCCAUUAUUUCUCUCAGCCCCAGUCUGCUGCCUUUCCCCCAUAUUCCUUCAUGCCUGACCAAUCAAUUUGUUAUCCUAACAAAUGCGUAGUAAUGUUAUGAUUUCACUCACUUUAGGUGCCAUAGAAUUCAAUUAUUUAACCAAUGUGAAGACUUACCUAUAUAAUCUAACAUGCUUAAGAAACAACACAGGUGUAAGACCCAAAUCACCAACUGGUUUGAGGCUAAAUGGGCCAGUGAGUAAUAGAAGUGAGGAAGGUUAUUUUGAAAAGUCAUCAACCUGUAAUAUUAACUCUACUCCUCCCUCCAAAGAUGCUACCCAUGCUGCUAAAUAUUUGCAGCAUUUUCUGUUUCUAUUACUCAACUUAAGGUUAAAGUGAAAUACCAAAGGACAUCUGUAUUACAAAGUACGUCAGUUGGGCAGAAAAAAAAUCCUUGGCCUUUUGCUUCAAGCAUACAAAAUAGAGGUGGUCCCAAGAUUUGGUUCCUUUGAUUUCAAUUCAAAACAAGAUUACCCACAUGCAUCAUAACAUCAUGUGCAUUUAGAGCGAGUGAUGGAUCAAGGAUCUCUACCCCAGUUUCCCAGGAUGGGAGAUAAAUGAGGGGAGGGGGAAUGACAGUAACUUCUCAUAUGCUACAUCUUCAUCUUCUAUAUAUUCAUUUUUGCAUGAUUAACUCCUAUCCGUUUUAAAUCUUAAACUCAAGUUUUUUUUUAAAUCACUAACCCAGUCAGAUGUCUUUUGAUAGUAUUGACCUGCCAGUUUAAAUAACGUUGUGGCUAUUAAUAUUAAUGUGAAAUAUUUCAAUGUGGCUGGGCCAGUUUGUACAACUGAAAAUAGCUAAUGCCAAUGAAGGAUCCUUGCUUAUGUUUCUGAUUGAUACCUGCUUUUUUUAUGAUUUCAAGAUCUGCAAAAAUAGUCACUGUUAGCAGCAUCUGUAUGUUUAGCAAACGGAAGAAAAUCUGAGUCAUUUUCUUUUGCUAAGUAACAUUUUGUACCAGGAUUAUUUAUAUGAUACUAUUCAAUAAAAUGUUUUUAUGUAUGGA